AUGCUCCUCUCCCGCAUAGUCCCCUACCUAACGCCUGCGCUCCCCUCCUUCUUCUUCCGCACAGCAUCCACCAUGUCGAGCUCAAUCUUCACGCCCGAGCGUCCCGCGUCGUACGUCGCGGCCCUUGGCGCGCCCGCCCUGCACCUCUUCACGGCCAACACGCCCAAUGGGCAGAAGACGAACAUUAUGCUCGAGGAGCUGAGGCUCGCGUACCCGGACAAGAAGGAGAUUGGGUAUGAUUUUGUGCGGGUUAACCUUUCGACGAACGAGCAGAAGACCCCCGAGUUCCUCAAGAUCAACCCCAACGGCCGCAUCCCCGCCCUGAUCGACAACAACGUCAACCCGCCGACGGGCCACCGCGUGUUCGAAUCCGCCAGCAUCCUGCUCUGGCUCGUGGAGAACUAUGACACCGAGUUCAAGCUGAGCUUCAAGGACCCUCUGCUGCGCAGCGACGCGUUGAGCUGGAUCUUCUUCACGCACGGUGGUGUGGGACCCAUGUUCGGCCAAGCAGGCCACUUCCUCCACCUGCCCGAGAAGAUUCCCUACGCCAUCAAGCGGUACACGGACGAGAUGCGCCGCUUGCUGAGCGUGUUCGAGGACCACCUCGGCACCGAGCGCACCUACCUCGUCGACAACCGCUUCUCCGUGGCCGACAUCAACGCCAUCACGUGGGUCAAGGGCGCGUCCCGCGCGGGCAUCGACCUCGCCAAGGAGUUCCCGGCGGUUAACGGCUGGAUUGAGCGCUCGUUUGCCCGCGACGGCGUGCAGAAGGGCGUCAACCUGCUCGCUGGGCCGGCGCAUGCGCUGUAGCCGGGCGCAAGGGGUUGUGUAGUAGUAUACAUUGAUGGAUUGUGAAUACAC